AUGACCUGCGGAUCAGGAUUUGGCGGCCGCGCCUUCAGCUGCAUCUCGGCCUGCGGGCCCCGGCCCGGCCGCUGCUGCAUCACCGCCGCCCCCUACCGCGGCAUCUCCUGCUACCGCGGCCUCGCCGGGGGCUUCGGCAGCCACAGCUACCAGGAGGUCAUGAACUCCAAGCUGGGCCUGGACAUCGAGAUCGCCACCUACAGGCGCCUGCUGGAGGGCGAGGAGCAGAGGCUGUGUGAAGGUGUUGGGGCUGUGAAUGUCUGUGUCAGCAGCUCCCGGGGCGGGGUCGUGUGUGGGGACCUCUGUGUGACAGGCUCCCGGCCAGUGACGGGCAGCGUCUGCAGCGCUCCAUGCAAUGGGAACGUGGCGGUGAGCACCGGCCUGUGCGCGCCCUGCGGCCAGUUGAACACCACCUGCAGAGGGGGAUCCUCUGGCGUGGGUUCCUGCGGUAUCAGCUCCUUGGGUGUGGGGUCCUGCAGCAGCAGCUGCCGGAAAUGUUAGCCACCCCAACUCAAGCCCCAGACCCCAGGCAUCUUUCCUGCCCUGCCUUGCUCGGUCCAUCCAGCCCAGGCGCCUGGACCAAGUGUUCAGCUAUGGCUCCUGCACUUUGAAAGACCCCUCCCACUCCUGGCCUCUCAUUGCUCUGUGUGAUUCCCCCACUUCUGAGCUCUGCCACCCCACGCCGGGAAAGGCUACCCUAGAAAGAAGUCCCUGGCACCCACAAGAGGACCAGGGAGAGCCAGGACCAGAACCUCACCCAUGGCCACUGCCUUCCUGCCUCUCCCCUUCCUCCUCUUCCCUGUUUAUCUCUGUCUUGAUCUGUGUUUCAAUAAACUAAUGUAGCCAA